UAAUACAAUUAACCUAGUGUAAUGAAGGGGGAAAGGAUUAUGACAUGCUUUGAUGUCAGCAUUGUACAAUGUUAUAGACAUGUUUUCGAAUUCGGUACUAACGAGUUAUGUCUGACACAGGAAACUAAAAAUACAAUUAACUAUUCCGACUUUGAUUCGAAUGGAUUCAAUCAACGCACCUUUCGGUUUCAAAUGGAGACAUGAAAGGAGCAUUAUUUUUUGAGAGGAGACACUUCAAUUUGCAGCAACCCUUUUUUAAAAAAUCCUUUUCAUUACUAAUCUUUUCAAAAUGUCUGCUUGUUGGAACAGCAUUUGGGAUUUCAAGGAAAGCUACAAAGAGAGAGAAAGACACCCAGAGAUUCAUGCACUAUUAGUUAGGAAGAGACAAAGAAAUGAGAGGAGAGAGGGGGGAAACCCCACUAUGUAACUUUUAGCCAGCCUUAGAAUAAUAGAGAUCAAGUGCUUUUAAAAAAAAACAUUUUAUUUAAUUUUGAAUUACCCUUCCACGUUACAUUUCCCCCGUCUCCUGGGAAGAGAAACGGCUGAUUGAAGUUUUGUGCUGGUCUAAUUGUGGUGUGAGGGUUGUAUUUGGAGCUCUGGGCACGUAUCGCUGGAAUGCGAAGGAGGCUGGGCUGAGAGCGAGCGAGCGAGAUCCAGCUACGCCUUUCUCUCAGCUCCUGGAUCCCAGGGGAGUUAUCAUUUCAGGGUUGGAAGAAGAGGGGUAAAAACAGGAAAGGACAAGUGGGAAGGCUAAUCAACCCCUUCCCCAUCCCUCCCUGCUCCUCCGAGCAGAGCAGGGUCAAUCGCAUUUGCAGACGCUGGGGAAAAGAGGAUAUAGGAAGAGGAAGCGCUUGCCCCCCAGUUUCCCAUCAGCAUCCCGGGCAAGAGGCACAGGAGCUGUUCUUCAGCACCGCGGAGAAAUCGGUGCAGGGGAGCUGUCCACUUCAGCACCACCACGGUAAUGCAGUAGGUGGGAGAGGAACUAACCAGGGAAGGGAGACAGAGGCAGCAAAUCCUGCAGCAAGGCACCGGUUCCCUUCUUUUCAGAAGCUUUGCCAAGAGGAGGGAAAUCCGUCUCGAUUCUCUGGGAGAAACCCCCCCCCUCUUGCCCACUUUAACAACAACAACAACUGCUGCUGCUGCUGUGGGGAAAGCCAUGGAAGGCAAGACCUCAGGACCUGUACCGCUGAAAUCAAGGGCUCACAGUACACUGGGAAGUCUGGUUUGGUGGUAGGAAAAAAGAAAGGACGAAAAGGAAGGAAGAAUUUGAACCCCCCAAAAAGCCAACCACAAAAAUCCCGGGAAGAUAACUGAGAAGAAAAAGGAUUUUCAUGGCGCAGGCUGCAGAGCUAAGCAAGACGCCUGAAGGUUGCAUCUCUGCUCUUACAAUCUCUAACUGUCUAGGUCCAGAUAAUGAGAGAUUGUGUUGAGGAUGCUGCUGCUGCUCCCCUGUUCACUGUGGAAGCCAUCUCCAAAUUAGCCAUUACAUAUGGAAACUGGAGACCAGAAUUUUAGAAAAAGGGAUUAAGGCAUCUCAUUUUGGGGGGGUUCUCGCUUUAGUCUUUUUUGUUCUUUUCUUUUUCUUUUCUUUUUCUUUCUUUUUUUAUAUUACAACUGGAACGUUUCUGAUUUAAAAGGCAAGCCUCUUCCCGUGUGGUCUUUAUAAUUUACACUAUUUUCCGUGGGCUUUCUUACCUCCCUUUUUGAUAUCUCUCUCUCUCUAUAUAUAUAUAUAUAUACCCAUUAUAUUAGUAGUGGAAUUAUUAUUUUAUUAACACACACACCCCAAGAAUCGGAAGGCGGUUGGGUAUUUGUAUAAUGAAGAAUUAUGGGGCUCUUUGACAGAGGUGUUCAGAUGCUUUUAACCACCGUUGGUGCUUUCGCUGCCUUCAGCCUGAUGACCAUAGCUGUGGGGACCGACUACUGGCUUUACUCCAGAGGGGUUUGCAAGACUAAAAGUGUCAGUGAGAACGAAACCAGCAAAAAGAACGAGGAAGUCAUGACCCAUUCUGGAUUAUGGAGAACCUGCUGCCUGGAAGGGAAUUUUAAAGGUCUGUGUAAGCAAAUCGAUCACUUCCCUGAGGAUACAGAUUAUGAAGCUGACACAGCAGAAUAUUUCCUCCGGGCUGUAAGGGCCUCUAGUAUUUUCCCGAUCCUGAGUGUGAUUCUGCUUUUCAUGGGUGGACUCUGCAUUGCAGCCAGCGAGUUCUACAAAACCCGACACAACAUCAUCCUUAGUGCCGGCAUCUUCUUCGUGUCUGCAGGUCUGAGUAAUAUAAUUGGCAUCAUUGUGUACAUAUCAGCCAACGCUGGAGACCCCUCAAAGAGCGACUCCAAGAAGAACAGUUACUCCUAUGGUUGGUCCUUCUACUUUGGGGCCCUGUCCUUCAUUAUAGCUGAGAUGGUGGGAGUGCUGGCCGUCCACAUGUUUAUUGACAGGCACAAACAGCUGCGUGCCAACGCUCGUGCCACGGACUACCUCCAGUCCUCCGCCAUCACCCGCAUCCCCAGCUACCGCUACCGCUAUCAGAGACGCAGUCGCUCCAGCUCCCGUUCCACUGAGCCUUCACACUCCAGGGAUGCCUCGCCCGUCGGGAUCAAAGGGUUCAAUACCCUCCCAUCAACGGAGAUCUCGAUGUAUACCCUGACCAGGGACCCCCUGAAGGCUGCUACCACCCCCACUGCCACCUACAAUUCCGACAGGGAUAACAGUUUCCUCCAGGUUCACAACUGUAUCCAGAAAGAGAACAAGGACUCUAUCCACACUAACACAGCCAACCGCCGGACCACCCCGGUAUGAAGCCGACACCAGGAGCUGAAAAUGGGGAAGGAGCAGGCGGGAGGUGGGGAGAAAACGGAAGAGGAGGAGCAGGGGCAACAGGGAGGGCAGGGGAGGGAGAAGAGAAAGCAACCAUGGGGGAAACCUUCCAAAAGCAAAAAACAAAACAACAACAAGAAAAGAAACAAAAGAAAAGAAAUGACAAUGACAAAAAAAGUAUAAAAAAAUAAGAAAAAGGUAAAAAAAGAAAAAACUUUAAAAACCAAGAAAGAUUUAAAAAAAAUAGAAAAUAAAUUUAAAAGAAAAUGCAUGAUUUCCCAUGUACCAUUAUUUUAACAUUUAAUAAAAACAAAUUUAAAAAAGGGAACCAAGAAACAACAACAACAAAAAACAACGAAAAAUUAAGUGGGAGGAGGAGGCAGCUCUUUGGAUUUUUUCAGGUUUCAUUCUUUCAUUUUUUGGUUUGUUUUCUGUUCAGUUUUAACCCGAUGUGGACUCACAGGCUCUGGGGGUGGUGGGUGAGGGGGGUGGAUUAGCAGUGAUGAGUGUAUCUGUGGGAGUUCUAGAGGUUCAUGAUGACUCUGGAGAUCUUGGGGUUACUUGUGACCUGCUCAGACUUGCCAAGACCCUGGGAUCAAAGGUGAUUCAUGUGUCUCUUGUGGGCCCUUGAAGGGUUAACAUUGACUUUCCUGUCCUUGGGAAUCCCAGGGGUUAAUGCUGAUUCCCUGGUCCCCGGGACUCCCAGGGAGUUAAUGGUGACCAACCUGGACCCACUAGUCCCUGGUGAUCCUGUGGUUAACAGCAACAUUGCAAAAAAAAAAGUUUCUAAAAAAUAAGUGGCAAUUUUUUAAUAAAACAAAACCAACUAUAAAUAAAUGUAAAUACAGUAAGUGGAUUUACUUUGAAGAAAACCAGAUAGUAUUUUUCUUUUCAUUUUUGUUUUCUCCAGCUUUAAACUGUGAAAACGUGGGA